CUUCGAUCCUCUCUUCUUUCUCGCCAUCGGAGGCCAACCGCUUCUCUUCUCUCUCUCUAUCGCCGGCGGCGAAACCCUAGGAAGUUCAAAUUAAAUCAUGGAAAGUGAUGAUCAUCAUGAUGGCCAUUAUCUACAUGAAGAUGCAUCAUAUAAUGGAGAGAGAAAGAGUGGAGGAGCAACUGCUUGGGAGGUGCUAACAAGAGUAGAACUUGAUUCUGCUUAUAUAUCUGAGAAGCUAUUGAACUUGGAGAUACUUUUGAUGCAAGUGGAAGCAAGAGCAAGUGAUUAUGAAGGUAUAAGCUUGGAGAAUGAAGACAUUUCAGCUGAGUCUUUUGAGAUGGCCUUUGAAUUUGAUAUCCUCUCCGGAAUAAUGAAUUCAGAGGUCACUGAAUUAGAUAGCUUUAUGGCUUUCCUCCAAACUGAAAUCGUGGAUGCCCGCAAUAGAUUGUCUCCCGAUGGUCAAAUUGAAGAGUCUUUAACUGAAUUGGAAGAGAAAUUGCAUGAUGCUGAAGAACAUUUGAAGCAAUUAUGCACGCAAGUUGCUGAUGUGAAAUUUCGGACUGCCAAUUUUGAGAGCCUUCUGGCUUUUGGGAUUAGUACCAAUGAGGGUGCUGAAAAUGGUGACAACUCAUCUGCUUGUGAUAGGUGGAAAUUGUAUAAUGUUGAACAUCAAAGGCAUAUCCUGCAAUCGUAUGAGAAAUCAUUGGCAAAGGAGCUAGAUCUUGAGAAAAAGUUUACUGAUGCAAGAAACAGUGCAGAUGAUCUUAAACUAAAGCUCAGGUGUGCGGAAGUUGAAAUAUUCAACAUGGAAGAAGCAAUGGAGGUAAUUAUGGCGAGAACGCUUCAAGCAGAAAAUGCCUCUGAGAUACACCUUGGACUAUUUAAAGAACUGUCUGAAAAGCUUCAUAUUGAGUUGAGAUCUCAGUUGCAGGAGGGAGAAACUUCAUUGGCAACUCAAAAAGCUGAAAGUGCAGAAUUCGAUGGUGUUCAUUCUUUGGACAUGAAUGGUACAGAACCAAACCCUGAGGUCUUCGCGCUGAGAGAAAAGGUGAGUUCACUUGAAGAGCAGCUAAGAGUAUCUGAGAAGGAGUUGCAUCAGCAGAAGGCUUCAGCUGAUGAGAGUCAGCAACAAAAGAGUGCGCUGUAUUCUCAGCUCAUUGAGAUGGAGCAUGUAAUAAAAAAUCUGAAAGAAAAUGUUUUGCAAGCGGAGACUAGAGCUCUGACUGCAGAAAAUAAUUGUGAGCUGCUAACGAAUACCAACAGAGAAAUAAACGAAGAUUUGAAUGUCCUUAGACAUAAUAUCGAGGAAAGAACAAAUCUGUUGCAGAGAAAGCUUAAGGAAUCACAAAUGCAGUUAGAGCAUGCACAAGUCUCCAUCGAAGCAAAUGAAGAGAAGCAGAAUAUGUUAAAUACUACCCGCAUUGACAUGGAAAAUUUGAUUGAGGAUCUUAAGGGGAAGGUUUUGAAAGCUGAAGGCAGGGCUGAUGCUGCUGAAUCUAAGUGUAGUUUACUGACUGAAACCAAUGUGGAGCUUACCGAUGAGCUGAGUUUCUUAAGGGGCCGACUGGAAUGUCUGACAUCUUUGCAUCAAGCUGAUGAGGCAAAAUUAGCAACUGAGAAGGAUGUCAGAAUGAGGGCUAAAGCUAUUGCUGAUCUGAUUAAGAAACUUGCCUCAGAAAGAGAACGCCUUCAAUUACAAAUAUCUGCGUUAACAAAAACGAAUAGAUUCCUGGUGAACAAAUACCUGAAAAGGAAGGUUAAAGAUCCUUUUCUGACCAGUGAGAAAGGAAAUUACAGUGAAAAUGAGCACAAGAUUUUCAGGGAAUCAGGAGAGGGCUUAGCAGAACCAUCAGCAAUUGAAAAUCAAACCAAUGAAUCAGCAGCAGAUGUGUUUGCUUGUCAGAAAACCAUGCAGAAGACUGUCAGUGUGGCAGAUAUCUCAGUUGAAUCAUCAGAACACGAGACUGUAAGAAACAUCGGACUGACACAACUCAGUUUGAAGCACCUUCUCUUCGGGGUCAUGAUCAUCAUUGUCGCAGCUGUUGCUGCUUAUCUAAUUCAAUCAGAAAACAUCAAUAGUUGAGGUUUCUCUGUUACUCGAUCACAUUAGUGCUAAUGUAAGCUCACUCAUGCUGAUCCUUUUUUGUAUUACAUGUACAAUGUGUCAAUCUCUUUCAUAAGCAGUUAAUAUAAUCAACGCCUUCUCCA